AUGAUUAAGCUAAUUCCUCAGCCACCAGGUACAUUCUGGAUUGGUAAUCUCAAUGAACUGGAUUCCAACUUCGUUUUGGGUUCGUUCGAAAGACUCAAGAAACUAUACGGUGAUAUCUACAGACUGACUAUUCUUGGAAAAAAGGUCGUGGUGGUGUCCAAUCACGAACUGGUCGAUUUCGUGUGCGACGAGUCAAAAUUCGAUAAAGCGGUUGACGGUGUUUUGGAAGAAAUGCGAGCCUUGGGUGGUGAUGGGCUCGUUACUGCACAUACAUCAGAACCAAAUUGGAAACUUGCUCACAAGAUUCUCAUCCCUGCUUUUGGAGCUCAUGCGAUUCGAAAUAUGUUUCCAGAAAUGGUGGAUAUUGCUUCGCAACUGCUUCUUCGAUGGAAACGCUUUGCUGGAGAAGAAAUUAACGUUUGCGACAACUUUACCAGACUGACCCUAGAUACCAUAGCACUGUGCAGCUUUGAUUACCGAUUUAAUAGUUUUUACCAAGAAAAAAUGCAUCAUUUCGUCGAUGCCAUGAUCAAUGUCCUGAUCGAAAGUAACAAGCGCGUUCAACGAUUGCCGUUACAAAACACCCUCAUGAUGGGUACAGCACGACGGUAUUACGAGGACAUUGCAUACAUGCACAAAUUGUGUGAUGACAUAGUAAAGCAAAGAAGAGAACAUCCAAAUAAUACAAAUGAUUUGCUCAACCGAAUGAUUAAUGGAAAAGAUCCCGAGACUGGCUAUCAAUUGUCCGAUGAAAAUAUUCGGUAUCAAAUGGUCACUUUUCUGAUUGCCGGACACGAAACAACAUCCGGACUGCUCUCCUUUGCCUUGUAUUAUCUGCUCAAGAAUCCAUAUGCUUUGCAAAAAGCGCAAGCAGAAGCUGACCAAUAUGACGAAAUCACAAUUGAUACCUUGUCCAAAUUAAAGUAUAUCGAUGCGGUGCUCAAAGAAACACUUCGAUUACAACCUACAGCACCAAUUUUUACCGUACAGUCAAAAGAAGGCAAAGUUACGCUUCCCGGCGGCUACGAAAUUGACAAAAAUGACGUAAUUAUAAUUAUGUUGUCUCAACUACACCGUGAUCCGAAGGUAUGGGAUCGUCCAGAAGAAUUUCUCCCCGAACGAAUGCUCAAUGGAGGAUUCGAAAGCCUGCCAUCGAACGCAUGGAAACCUUUCGGAAAUGGUCAACGUAGCUGUAUUGGUCGACCUUUUGCUAUGCAAGAAAGUCUACUCGCCAUCGCACUCAUUCUCAAACACUUCAACAUCGAAUUUGUUGAUCCAACCUAUGAUCUCCGUGUUAAAGAGACAUUAACAAUCAAACCUGAAGGGUUCAAAGUGCGGGUGCGACCACGUAAAAAUGUUAGCAUUUCGCUGAACACAAGUGUCAAACAAGAUGGAACGGUACCUACAAAAGCACAGUCCCAAGAAGCCGACACAAGCCAUCUCAGACCGAUGUCAGUUCUCUUUGGCAGCAAUUCUGGUUCAUGCGAAUCCUUUGCCAGCAUUUUAGUCUCAGAAGCACCUAAGCAUGGAUUCAAUGCGACUAUUACGACUCUUGACUCGACACUCGGAUCUCUUCCGAGCGAUCGACCUGUAAUUAUUGUCACUUCUACAUACGAAGGUAAACCAUGCGACAAUGCAAGACAGUUCGUGGCAUACCUCGGAUCGAAACCAGAGCUCAAUAUCAACUACGCAGUGUUUGGAGCAGGCCAUCACGACUGGGUGAACACGUACCAAAAGAUUCCGAUUUAUAUCGAUGAGAUGAUUGAAAAAGGUGGUGGCAGAAGAAUUGUCGAACGUGGCGCUGGCGAUGCUGCUGGUGACUUUUACGGAGCAUUUGAAGCCUGGAAAGAGAAUCUUUUCCAAGUAUUACGACAAGCGGCUGGUGUUCAAAGUGUUAUCAGCAGCGAAAAACUUUCCAUCGAGAUUGUUAAUUCAACAAGGAAUCUCGGACAAAUCACAGAUGUCGGGAUGGUCAAAGAAAACAAACUGCUAGCCGAAGCAAAUGAAUUAGGACCUGCGAAACGGUAUCUCGAGAUUGAGCUGCCCAAGGGUCAAACCUAUCGAGCAGGAGAUUAUCUGGCCAUACUGCCAACGAAUCCGAUCGAAAUUGUUCAUCGAGUUUUUAAACGGUUCAACCUGUCUACCGAUACUCAGAUCAAAAUCCUUUCGUCGACGGAUACUUUUCUUCCUACCGGCUAUCCAGUGAGUGCAUUCGACAUUCUAAGCGGCUACGUCGAACUGACUCAACCGAUCAGCAGAAAACAAAUCGAAACACUUGCCGCACUGUGCAAAGACGAACAGGAACAAGCACAACUCGCAACUCUCGGUGGUGAUGCGUACCAGAUAGAGAUUCUCGACAAACGUCUCUCCACGCUUGACAUCCUCGAACUGUAUCAGUCUUGCGGACUCUCAUUUCCGCAGUAUCUUCGUAUGCUCCCGUCACUCCGCAUUCGCCAGUAUAGUAUCUCUUCUUCGCCUCUAUGGAAUUCGGAAGCAGUGGUACUUACUAUCGACGUACUUGAUGCCCCGGCACUCAGUGGACAUGGACGAUAUUAUGGUGUCGCAUCAAAUUACCUAGCUGGACUUAAAAAAGGCGAUCGCAUCAGCUGUAGUGUCCGAGCAAGUAACGCGGGCUUUCAUCUUCCCGCAGAUACAAAAGUGCCAGUGGUGAUGCUGGCGGCUGGAACUGGGAUUUCGCCGUUCCGUGGUUUCAUUCAGGAGCGAGCGGCACAACUUGUGUGCGGAAGAGAAGUCGGACCGGCGGUCCUCUACUUUGGGUGUCGAUCACAUGAAGACUUUUUAUACUUGAAUGAGUUGGACAAGUGGUCGAAACUUGGUGCGGUGCAAGUGAAACCUGCCUUUUCUCGGAAACGAGGCGAUGACAAAAAAUAUGUACAAGAUUUGCUUUGGGAAGAUCGGAAAGAGAUUGCGAAAUUAUAUCACGAAGAUGCACGUUUCUAUACCUGUGGAAGUGGAACGAAGCUUGCUGCGUCGUUGAAAACGUGCUUCAUCAAAAUUAUUGCAGAGGAUCAGCAAUGUGAUGAGGAAAAGGCAGCGGAGAUUUUAGAAAAGAUCUCCGUCAAUCGAUACAGCGUGGACGUUUUUGCAUAG